UCCAGGGACCCUCGGUGGGGGCUGGGACCCCCAAACCUGGCCGAGAGGGGGGGUGCAGCCCUGCUCCAGCCCAGCCACCCUUCCCUUUUCCCGAGAUAAACGCCCAGAUAACGUUUGUGCUCACAGCUCCUGCAGGUUGUCAUCUCAGAGCCUCGGGAAGGAUUUGAUUUGGUUUUGGUCUCCUUCGUGGCACAUGCUUUUUGGAGUAUGACCAGGGGAAAAGCUGAAAAAAAGGGGAUGGGAUUGGCUGUGAUGCAGGGAAAAAGGAGAGGCACAGUGGAAGCACCUCCCAGAGGGUGCUGAGCUCAUCACUGGGGUCCAUUCUGCACCCCAGCUAUAAAAUAACCCCCGAGCAGCUCUAAAGCUUUUUCCCCUUCCCGGGAACACCUCGACCCCCCUCAAGAGCACAGAAACUCCCAAACCAGAGGCUUUAACUCCUUCUGGGUUCACUUUGGGUUCAGCUGAACCCAGAGCUGAAAGUGACCCUUUACCGAGGAGUAGGAAACAUCCCCAAAGCAAAACCAGGGAGAAGGAAAGGAGCCUGACAAAACAGAGUUGAGAAACUGCCCCGUCACACCCCGUGUGUCGAGCUACAUCCCCACCCCGCACAGAUAAAGCUCUGAGCACUGCCCAGCCCCUGCCCCAGCCCCGGGAGCACCUUCCCGGCCGAAUCCUCCCAUCCCAGAGCCAAAUCCCCCGGGACAAGGAGGAGGAGAACGGCUCGGCACAGCCACGGUAGGAUCUGGGGGGAAAUAAAUGAGAUUUAGGAGGGGAAAUCCCUUGCAUUGAGUUCAAAGGUGAUAACGGAUUGCUGUAGGGAAUUUCAGGAGCAGGGAUUGAGUUUCUAUCAAAUCCCCCUGAGGGGUGUGGAGGGGUGGGGAACACCUGCUGGGCUCCCUCACUGCGUUACACUGGAUUUCUCCCAGUCUGUGCUGGUGAGGAGCUGGGGGAUGGAGGGGGACCCCAUCCCUGCAGGACAGUUGAGGAGUUUCUUCUAAUAAUGGGUGGGAAAAGUCCCAUUUUCUGUUAUGUGGGAUUUACAAUCUCUCCCGUGGUGGCGGGGGGUCUGUGCAGCAUCAUAGAGCCGGGGUGGGCACAGUGACACCCCUGACCCUACAGCUCCGGCCCCAGUGUUGGGUGACAGAAUCAGCCCCAGGACAUCCAGCACAUUCCAGCACAUUCCAGCGCCUUCCAGCAAUUCCAAGUGCGGCACACGGCUCUCCAGACCCGCUCCAAGGACGAACCCCCAGCACCAGCACCAUGGUGUGGGCAGCACCAGCCCUGGCAGCCGCCCUCUGCCUCCGUGUCUCCACAGACCUGGUGAAAGCCACAGCGGCUGCCCUGAUUCUUGGAGCCGUCCUGUCCAGCGCUGAGCAUCCCCCGGAUCCUUCGAGCUGGGAUUUACCGACUCUGCAAGACCUGGGGCCGCUCGUGAACCAGACCACGCUGAGUUUGGUGCCCGAGGCAGCACGGGAGGAUCUCAGGAGGGGCAUCACAGCCUCCGACAUCAGCCAGGGACGUUCCCAGCGGGAGAAAUCCCUUCCCCUCCCCAGGGCGCUUGCAGCAGCAGCUGGAGCCAGGCUGGAGCGCAGCGCCGCCCGCUGCCAGUCCGAGCCCAUUACCGCCAGCAACAUCGAUGAUACCGUCCCCUACCUCACCCUUGACCAGCUCGACCUUUGCCUGAGCAGUGAUGUCUUAAUAGAAAACCUGGAGGCUGUUCUGGCACAGCCAAUCAUCACAGAUACUUACCUGAUCCUGAAAAAAAAGGUGGAUGAGUUUUACCCCUCGGGGAUCCCGGAGGAGCAGCUGAGGCGCCUGGGGCUGCUGUCCCGCCUGUACACGGUGCAGGAGAUCAGCCAGUGGCCGCUGACAUCCAGUGACACCCUCUCAGUGCUGCUCGACCCCUCGGGAGGAGAGUGGAAUGAUUCCCAGGUGCAGCAGCUGCUCAGCAGGUACCUGGACCUGGGGGGCUCCCUGACCGGGCCCCUGCUGCGGCAGAUCGGAGACAAACACCUGUGUGAGCUGCAGGAGGAGCAGAUCCAGCAGAUCCCUGCCGGAGCCAUCGGGACUGCUGGGAAGUUAAACAUUUCUUCGUGCUCCCAAACCAAGAAGGAGCAGCUCUAUGGGAAGGCUCGGGAGGCCUUUGCCAGCCUGGCCAGCACCCCUGGCCCCUAUUACUGCCAGAUCCGGCCGUAUCUGGGUGGAGCUCCAGCAGAGGAUCUGAAGGAGUUGGCUAAUGCUGGUGUGUCCAUAAACAUGGAUCUGGACACCUUCCUCUCCCUAAAUCCCCAGGAACUGCAGAAACUCAGCGUCACCGACGUGAAGAAUUUGCUGGGGGAAAACCUCUCUGAGCUGAAGCAAGCUGAGCACGAGCCCUCGGUGGUGAGCUGGGUGCAGAAGCAAUUCCAGCGGGAGCUGGACUGUGUGCUGGGAAUCGGCCUGCAGGGAGGGCUGCCAGAGCCCACGGGGACAGCCAGCCCUGCUGGCACCACCCCGGCCAGUGUCACCUCCAUGGCCACCACCCCUGUGCCCACCACCUCAGCCGAUGUCACCUCCGUGGUCACCACCCCUGUGCCCACCACCUCAACCAGAGUCACCUCCAUGGUCACCACCUCUGUGCCCACCACCUCAGCCAGAGUCACCUCCGUGGUCACCACCCCUGUGCCCACCACCUCAGCUGGUGUCACCUCCAUGGUCACCACCCCUGUGCCCACCACCUCAGCCGGUGUCACCUCCGUGGUCACCACCCCUGUCAGUGUCACCUCCACAGGCACUGUCCCCACCUCUCCUCACCCUGCCACCUCAGCCAGUGUCACCUCCAUGUUUACCCCUCCCAGCUCCCCUCCGGCAUCCCCCAGCCCGAGCCCUGGGAACGUUCCAGAGCCACCACGACCAACAUCCAAUGGCUACAUCAACCUGGAGCCGGAGCCAGGAUCAGGAUCCAGGCUCUGCUCCUGCCUCGUGCCCGUGCUGGCAGCUGCUGUGGGGAGCGUUCUUCUGCUUGGGGGGCUGCUCUGA